AGGGGACUGACAAGGAUUCAGGGCCUCAAGGAUAUGAGCAGCCCAAAGAUGACAGUGAUUCCAGUGAAGAUGGAGAGCAGCCUGCUAAUGACAACAAUGUUUCUUCAGGUCCCAGUGAAGGCAAGGAGCAGCCCACUUAUGACAACAGUCCCCCCUCAGAAAAAAACAUGGCUGUUGGCAAAAUGUCUUCCCAGUCCAGUACCAAGGAUGAAAGAGGAGACUCCAAGAAUGCCAUUGAUGGAUCUACGGAGAACCAUUUCCCCCUCAGACACUGCUCACACACCAAGAAAGACUUCGAGCCCUGGUGGAUGGUAGAUUUGAAAACAAGAGUUAACGUGUCUUCUGUUUUGCUCACCAAUCGGGGAGACUGCUGUGGGGAGCGCCUACACGGGGCCGAGGUCAAGAUUGGGGACUCGGCAGAGAACGGCGGCAAGGGCAACCCCAGAUGCGGCACAGUCCCCUCCAUGAAUCUCAGCGAAACCAUCAUCCUGAACUGCGGUGGGAUGCUGGGCCGGUACGUGUCGGUGAUCAUCCCCGGGCGGAUUGAGUACCUCAGCCUCUGUGAAGUGCAAGUUCUGGGCAAGCCACUGGAGGGUUCUGAGGCUGAAGGAGACCGGCCCAGUGACAGCAUCAUCUUCUCAGAUAGAAACCUGGCCAUUGGCAAAGACUCUUCGCAGUCCAGUACCCAUGAUACAAGAGGAGACCCCAGGAAUGCGAUCGAUGGAUCUUCGGAAAACAACUUCUCUAACGGCCACUGCUCGCACACCAAGAAAGACUUUGAACCCUGGUGGAUGGUAGAUAUGGAGACAAGGAUCAACGUGUCUUCCAUUUUGAUCACCAACCGUGGAGACUGCUGUGGGGAGCGUCUACAUGGGGCCGAGGCCAAGGUUGGGGACUCGGCAGAGAACGGCGGCAAAGGCAACCCCAGGUGUGCUGUGAUAUCCUCCAUGGGCCUGGGGGAGACGGCUAGAUUUUCCUGCAGAAGGAUGAAAGGCCGCUACGUGAGCGUGAUCAUUCCCCGCCGGCGAGAGUAUCUCUCUCUCUGUGAAGUACAAGUUCACGGGCAACCGGGGCCAUACGUAGGGUUGAAUGUGGCGUUGGUGGGUAGGUCUUCCCAGUCCAGUACCCACGAUUCCCGAGGGAUCUCCCAGAAAGCCCAUGACGGGUCCUCAGAGAGCCACUUUGUGAAAGGACACUGCACGCACACCAGGAAGGAGUACGGUCCAUGGUGGAUGAUCAACCUGAAGUCCGCAUUCGCCGUGUCUGGGGUCGCCAUAACCAACCGAGGAGACUGCUGUGCCGAGAGGAUCAAAGAAGCCGAGAUCCGAAUCGGGAAUUCCUCAGGGAAUGGGGGCCAAGACAACCCCAGAUGUGCAACAAUCUCUUCCAUGGCCCUUGGGGAAACACACUUCUUCACCUGUGAGGGGAUGAUAGGGCAGUAUGUGUCCGUGACCAUACCGAGGCGGAGAGAAUACCUCAGUUUGUGCGAAGUCCAAGUGCUCGUCCCCUAUGGUCCCAAUUUAGCACUUGGAAAAGUAUCCUCCCAGUCCAGCAUCAAAGACAGGAGAGGGGAAGCCAAGAAGGCCAACGAUGGCAUUCUGGAGAGCAGCUUCGCCGGAGGAUUCUGCACUCACACCAGAAGAGAGGUUAACCCCUGGUGGAUGGUGGAUUUGAAUGAGUCCGUCAGCGUGACGACGGUGGUGGUCACUAACCGCGGAGACUGCUGUGGAGAGAGGCUCAUCGGGGCUGAGAUUCUCAUUGGCAACUCAUCCGAGUCGGGUGGCACAGACAACCCCAGAUGUACAACGAUCACCUCCAUCGACAACGGAGCGACGGUCCCAUUCUACUGCGGGGGCAUGCGAGGACAGUAUGUCACUGUUACCAUCCCAGGGAGUAGAAAAAAUAUUCUCAGCCUGUGCGAAGUACAAGUGUUCAGUCUACAGAGCAUAAUGAAUGGAACCAGUGAUGCAGACUCUGAGAUCCCUGUACACAUCUCAGGAUAUAAUUUAGCGCUGAAAAAACAGUCUUUCCAAUCCAGCUUUUUUGACGAGCUGGGGACCCCCGAGAAAGCCAAUGACGGGUCUUUAUUGAACUAUUAUCUGAACGGGUCCUGCACCCACACAAAGAAGGAUUUUGAGCCGUGGUGGAUGGUAGACUUCAAUGCGACGUAUUCUGUGUCCACUGUGGUGAUCACCAACCAAGAGCACUGUUGUUCAGAACGCAUCAGUGGUGCGGAGAUCAGAAUCGGGGACUCCGCUGAGGAUGGUGGCAGAGCAAAUCCCAGCUGUGCCAAGAUUCAUUGCAUGGUGCAAGGGGAGACCCUUUCCUUUAGCUGCCGGGGGAUGCAGGGCCGGUACAUGACCGUGGUGGUCCCGGGGAGGGAAGAAUUCCUCAGCCUGUGUGAAGUGGAGGCCUACAGCCAGGUUGGGCUGUCUAAGGCACCAUCCAGGGAAGAGAAUCUCUCUCAAGAUGACCCUAAACCCUCAACUGCCAACCUAGCCCUCAGGAAGGAAACAUCCCAGUCCAGCAUCUACAACAAGGGCAGAUCUUCUUACGCGGUAGAUGGGAAUUUGGAGUCAGACUUCACCCAGCACUCCUGUACGCACACAGUGAUCGAGAAGAAUCCCUGGUGGAUGGUGGAUUUGAAAUCAUCCGUCAGCGUGACCUCUGUGGUCAUCACCAACCGAGGAGACUGCUGCCCCGAUCGCCUGAACGGAGCAGAGAUUCGAGUCGGAAACUCACCCCUGAAGGGAGGCAGGACCAAUCCCAGAUGCGCCACCAUCGUCUGCAUGGGCUUCGGAGAGACUCGCUCCUUCCAUUGCGGAGGCAUGAGCGGGCGGUACGUGACUGUCACCAUCCCCAAAAAGGAAGAAUUCCUCACACUGUGUGAAGUGCAAGUCUUUGGGUCUUACGGAAGAGGGACAGGUUGCUCUGAGACCUCCCUCCCGGACGCCAAGUUUUUUGGGUUCCUGCUGAACCGACUCUUGCUCCAAAUAAAGAGCCAGGAUCAGGAACCAGAAUCAGUUUCCAUCCACGAAAAAGACUCGAUGAUAGGGUCAGCCAAGGACUUGGGGCCUUGGUGGAUGGUGGAUUUGAAUUCCACCUACACGGUGAGUUCUGUGGAGAUCACAAACCGUGGAGAUUGCUGCUCCCAGAGGAUCAUCGGAGCCAACAUUCGAGUUGGGGGCUCUAGGAAUACAGGAGGCCGAUGGAAUACCAGAUGUGCUAAAGUCACCAGUCUAGGCCUGGGGGAAUCCAAGUCUUUCACCUGUGGAAACCUGCGGGGCCGUUAUGUGUCUGUGAACAUUCCCAAGCGACUGGAGUAUCUCAGUCUGUGUGAAGUGAAGGUGUUUGGCUGGCCAGUGGGGAAACCAGGGGACAAUUUUGCCCUGAGGAAAACAGCUUUCCAGUCCAGCACCUUCCCUGCCUUUGCCACACCGGAGAAAGCCACCGAUGGAGAGCAAGACGUCGAUCUCUUCCAAGGCUCCUGUGCAAGCACUGAUAAGGACUUGGAGCCCUGGUGGAUGGUGGAUUUGAACUCCACCUACAUCAUCAACUCUGUGGCGAUCACCAACCGAGGGGACUGCUGCAGCAGGCGGAUCCGGGGCGCGGAGAUCCGGGUCGGCUACUCCUCAGAAAGGGUUGGAAAAUCGAACCCCAGGUGCGCUAAGAUCUACACCAUGGCCCCAGGCGAGACCCGCUCCUUCCACUGCAAAGGAAUGAUAGGUCGGUAUGUGACGGUCACCAUUCCCCGGAGGGAAGAGUAUCUCAGUCUGUGCGAAGUGCAGGUCUUCGGGACUCUGUCGCCCUUCAAUAAUCCCAACUUAGCCCUGAGGAAAAGAUCUUUCCAGUCCAGCACCCUGCAUCCCAACAGCAGCUCGGAGAGAGCCGUCGAUGGGUCUCUCUCCAGCGACUUCUUUCAAGGAUCCUGCACGUCGACCAAAAGGGAGUUCGAACCUUGGUGGUCGGUCGACUUGAAUUCGACUUCCAUCGUGGAUUCCAUUGUGAUCGUCAGCCGAGGGGACUGCUGCCGGGAGCAGAUCAAUGGCGCUGAGAUUCGCAUCGGAGACUCGCUGGAAGAAGGCGGAAAACACAAUCCCAGGUGCAUUAAAAUCACCUACAUGGGCCUGGGAGAGACCUAUUCUUUCAACUGUCGGGGAAUGAAAGGUCGGUAUGUGACUGUGACCAUUCCCGGGAGAAAAGAACAACUCAGCCUGUGCGAAGUGCAGGUGUUUGGUAUUCUGUGGCCCUCCCAAGUUCCCAGCAGAGGAGAGACUCCCAUCACAGUUUAUGGAACCAAAGCAAUUCCAAAUUUAGCACUGAAAAAGAGAACUUCCCAAUCCAGCACCUCUUUUCCGCAAGGCGCAUCUGAGAGAGCCGUCGACGGGUCUUUAGGGAAUAGUUUGGAUAAUGGAUCCUGUAGUCACACCGACAGAGAAUUUGAACCGUGGUGGACGGUAGACCUGAACGCGACAUACGUCAUCUCCGCCGUAAUGGUCACCAGUGCAAGGGACUGCCGUGCUGAGCAACUUCAACGGGCUGAGAUCCGGAUUGGAGACAAGUUUUCAAAAGGAGGCAAAUUAAAUCCCAGGUGUGCCACCAUCACGUCCGUGGUUCCUGGGGAAACCCUUUCCUUCAGUUGCGACGGAAUGAGAGGCCGCUACGUGUCGGUGGUCAAGCCAAGGAGACGGGGGUCCAGCAGCCUGUGCGAGGUGCAGGCUGCGCUGCUGCUCAGUAUGGUAGGAAACGGCAGUGAGGGGAGGCGGACUUUAGAGAACCAUAGAGUCCGGAAGUGGGGUGAGCGCCGCUUCCGCCGGAAGUCCGUGGUCGUCGUCGUCGUCUCCCCCUCCGCGGCCUGA